GAUAACUUCCUUGCAUGUGCAAAUGAGAAGAUGCAAAAUAUUUUAUCUCUUGGAAAAAACAAUUUCUAUAGCAAGAAUAAAUCUUCAUGUGGAGCUAGUGUAAAACAAAUGCUGGGGAUGAAAAGAUGUGAAACAAGACCUGUUAAACGAGCACGGUUUUUGGUGGACUCGUCAACAAAUUCUCAACCGCAGAAGGUAGAAAGUCCUCCGGUACCAGCCAUUUACCCCUUGCCAAAACUUGCUUUAAGAGGACUCACCAAUAUGGGCAAUACCUGUUAUUUAAAUGCAAUCCUGCAGUCUCUUUUUAGUCUCGAGACUUUUGCCACUGAGUUGUUGUUAAUUAACUGUAAAGUAUCAAAAGUAAACCCCAGUUCUUUACACAGUACCAUGGCCAAUUUGUUAAUCUCACAGACCAAAAGUGAAUCUGAUGUUAGUAAAGUGACCUUAUUAGGUAAUGUGAGAGAAGCUAUAUCAACUGUUGGUACACAUUUCUUAAGUAAUGACAUGCAGGAUGCUCAUGAAUGUUUGAACCAAGUCCUUGACUGUCUGAAAGAAGAAGGGGUCAAGUUGGCCGCAAGUAUUCCUACAUUUAAUAAUUCCAGUUCCGAUGAUGACCCUAACUGCAGAGAUGCUUUCAUUAACCCCACAGUUCAGAACUUCGAAUUUGAUAUCAAUCGCUCUAUUACUUGUAAACGAUGUGGUGUUGUUGUCUCUAAAGUUGAACAGUGUAUAGAUUUAUCAUUGGACAUACCAAAGGGAUGCAAUCCAAGUAUUCAGGAUGCUCUCGACUUAUUCUUUGUCAAAGAAAAUGUGGAAUACCGAUGUGCUAAAUGUAAUCACGAUAAAUCAGAAGUUUCCAAAUGCAUCAGUAGAUUACCGAGAGUAUUAAUCCUCCAUUUGAAACGCUACACAUACAGUGUCACAGCUUCAUGUAACAGAAAAGUUAUUCAGCAUAUUUCUAUUCCUAAAUAUCUGACGCUGUCAUCACAUUGUUCAGAGACCAUUAUUCCAGCACCUUCUAUUAACAGCCUUUUCACUAGCUCACCGGUAGCCCGAACAGAAAUGGAGAAAGAUUCAUCACUUUGUAGAAGACUUGAGUACACAGAUUCUGUUAGUUCUUUAUUUGAAUCUGCGGAAAACUCUGAUGAUUUAGGUGUUGUCCCAAUUUCAACAUUGGCACAAGAAUUCUCAAAUAAUAUACAUGAGAACCCAUCCAAUCACACUGACAACAAAGAAUCAACUAAAAGUCAAGAUCUUUCUUUCUUCAAUGAUUUGGAAUUUGGGCAAAAUUCCAAAUUGUUAGCAGUUUACUGCAGUACACCUAAAGAUAAUUCUUCGGAGACAAAACCCAUGGAAAACGGGGUGAAGUAUUUAAGUAAUGAUGAUCUGUUUAGCUUGAGUGAAGAAGAACGGAUGAAGUUAGCAAUAGAAAACAGCUUACAGUUGAAGACUGAAACUGAAGACCACAACUCUUCAGCUAUGCAAUGGCAGCCAGAACAACAGCAGUCAAUGUUUAACGCAGAGUUUGUAAAUAGAGAGAACUCCCUAUUACCAGAGAAUGAAAAUAAUUCUUUGACUUGUUAUGAUGUAGAAAACAAAGAGAAUCAACAACCUACACAAAACGGCAAGACAAAACCAAGUUUGAUCCCGGUUCUAGUAAACAAUCCUCAUGAAAAUGGUGAAGUUAAUGGCAAAACCAACAGCAAUAACAUACCUGUUGUGGAUCUUGAGGUUGGCGUUAACCAAGAAGAGGAAGAUCUGAAGAAAGCAAAAGCUAUGAGUCUUUAUGAUUUAAAUAAUGAUGAUGAACUUCAGCCCUCUCCUGCAGAAUUUGGCGUUUCUGUUGAAACGUUGAAACGGUCAAAAGAAGAAAUUGAAAUACUAAAAACUAAUUCUGUGGAAGGUAAUUUACCUCAGUCCUACCAACUUGUCAGUGUUGUUGCACAUAUUGGAAAUACAUCUGUUUCUGGACACUAUUUAAGUGAAGUUUUAGAUUUACAGACCAAUAAAUGGUAUUCCUUUGACGACAAAGAAGUACAGUUAACUAACGAAACUGAAGUACAAAACACUCGUCAGGAUUCUGGCUAUAUAUUUUUUUAUUUAUCAAAAGAAAUUGCAAAUAGUUUACGUUCUCUCUCUUCAAAUAAAGACAGUUUUGUAAAUGGAAACUAGGGCCAUUAAGAUGCCACAAGCAUUACAUCAAAAGGUGAAGAGAACUUGACAGAGCAAAGGAAGAGAAGAAAAAGACCAUACAGAACAAAUACAUCAUCCCCGCCUCCCAAAACAUGGCUAUAAAAGGACAUAGAGGAUAAAUGUAGCUAAAAAGUUGGGGUGUGAUGAUGUCCUUCAUUAAUUUCCCUAUCAAACUCUUAAACGAUUGAAUGAGAAACUAGUCACUUUCUCUUUUUAAGAUCCAAGUAAGUGAAUGGAUGAACUGAAAUUUCUGUUUUGCCAUUGUUGGAGCCAUUAUUCUCAUGUUAAACUAAAAGGGAUAUGAUGCACACACACAUGUAUGUGUGUGUGUGUAUAUAUAUAUAUACACACAGCCAUUCACACAUAUACAUGAUCUAUAGACACACAUAUAUAUACAUGAUCAAGUGGUUUGAAGAAUCUUUAUUUGAAUGAUGCAAAAGAAGAAUCAAUCUUAUAUUUAAAACAUUUGUUGAAUGCAAAAAAAAAACUAAGCAAGUUGUCAGUUUGUCCAUUAACCAUAUCUGUGAAGAUUUUUCGCAGGUUGUUAAAACUAAUUUUGUUUUAGUUUAUUUUUUGUAAUAAAGCAUAUAACAGGUCUCAUAAUAAUUCAUCAUCAUCAUCAUCAUCAUCAUCGUUUAACGUCCGCCUUCCAUGCUAGCAUGGGUUGGACAAUUUGACUGAGGACUGGUGAAACCGGAUGGCAACACCAGGCUCCAAUCUAAUUUUGCAGAGUUUCUACAGCUGGAUGCCCUUCCUAACGCCAACCACUCGGAGUGUAGUGGGUGCUUUUACGUGUCACCCGCACGAAAACGGCCACGCUCGAAAUGGUGUCUUUUAUGUGCCACUCGCACAUGUCCAUAGAUUAUUGAGAAAUGUUCAGUGACAUUCUUUAUCAAAGACAAUCUAUAAAUUCAGGUUGUAUUAUGUUAUGUGAGAAAGAUAUCUACAAAGGAUGUAUGUUAAUUAUAUUUUAGAGUUGCAUUUGAAGAUAUAUUCUUUUCAUUAUUUAAAACAAAAACAAAAAAAAAAAAAAAAAAAAAAAAAAAGUGGAGCGAAGCGAGCAGUAUUAAGUUUGCCAGUAUUUUUUUCUUCAUUGAAAUUGUAACAAUGUAUAGGGCAGUACAAAGUACCAUUAAUAUGCUGUAGGCCAAUUCAAUUGACUAAAUUUCCCCACCUACGAGACAAAAGUAAGCCUUUUGCCAGUAGAAAAAUUAGCCCACAGCAAACCAAGAAUACAGUUUGAUUUUUGUCAGUAGAAACCAGUUUGCUUUUGCUGCUAAUGACAUUUGGACCAACAUGAACACACAAGUUAUUGUUCUCUGGUUUUGUGCCUAAAUACACUCAUUUUACACAUAUCUUGUGGAUCUCAAUAAUUGUAUGUGCUACUUCAACAGUUGCCUUAAAAACAAGUCUUUAUGACUGAGUGUGGCCUUAUAGGGUCUUUCCCUACCACCACUAAAUCUUAACUCAUACAUCCAAAGUCUUGGAUACUGAUGCCUUAUUUUGGGGGGAUGCAUUAAGUGCAGCAUUUCUUAACAUUUAUCAUCACAAAACAAUUGUGCUACUAUUUCUUCAAAAAUAUUUUCUCUCCCUCCUAAUUUAUACUGCAUCAAAAUGUGAAAAGGUAUUUGGUUACAAGUUCAUUUGUUCUGUUCUUUCAUACCGUCUUUCUUUUAUUUGGACAGGACAGUUAAUUCUCCAUUGUCUUUGUUCACUUAGCUGUCUGUGUUUGUAGAGAUAAAUACAUUUCAUUUUUUUUCUCUCAGCCUGUCCAUAUGUGGUGUUUAACCUGAAUUAAAUAUUUAGCAUUUUCAAACCUUCAGAAUUGGUAAGUCAUUGGAAAUGUGUGAAAUGAUAGGGAAUAAGUUGUCUUAAAUAAUGGCAGGAAUAAAAAUGGCAAAUAUUUGACUGCUCCAAUAGUUGGUAAUGCUUAGUCUCACUAUUCCAGAUACUCUGUUGUCCAGUAUUAAAAAAAAUUGACCAUUUUAUUUCUCAUGUAUUUAAGAUUUAUCAUUAAAUAUCUACAAAUUUGGCUUGUUACCAAAACUUUGUCACAAGCUACACUUCAGGCUCUCUUAAAAAUUCAUUUUGGUCAAGCAAUAUAAUUUCCAGUAGAUUUAUAUAAAGUUUAAUUAAAAUAUUUUUGUUAUAUAUACAUUUAUAUGACUUAACAUAUUUUAUUUAUAAUUAUAUGAAUUGCCUUUUCAAAAUGACCCUCCUUAUUUGUGUUGAUUGGGGAAUUGGGUAAAUUUGUUUCCUUUUUAGUAAGCUUAAGCAAUUUUGUUUGGUAAUAAAGAAAUAAAGACACAAACACCAUCAUAUAGAUAUAUUUGUUAUUUAACUGUUUUGUUUAUUAGGUGAGUGGGAGAGAAACAAAUGACUGCCUUGAAUGGAUUGUUCUAAUUAUUGCCUUACUAGAAAAACUUCAAUUUUCUGAAGAAAAAUACAAAGUUCGAAAUUUUAUCCAGAAUUUAAUAAAUAUUAAAAACAAGGUAAAA